GUGUGACUGGCACUAAUGCCAUCAGAAUACUUCCUGAACAACAUCAAAACACACGAUUAUGUGUGGGACAAUGAGGAAGGCAGAGAACUCAUCACAGAGCCACUCAGCCGGCUGUGCCUGCCCUUCGCCAUCCUGUUUGCUGUCAGAGGCUGGAGCAGAAGGAGCUCAACCAACGCCAUCAAGACAUACGACAUCCAUGUGGACCGGUGGGUGAAUGUAGCACACGAGCAGGAAGGUCCCGUUGCCUACUGUGGCACUGUUUAUUUGGAGGGCGUUGUGUAUGUUGUCCGAGGCUUUGACGGCAGGAAGUACUUGAGCAGGGUCAAGAGGUUCGACCUGCUACAGAAGACGUGGCAGGAGGUGGCAGUUCUGCUACAUCAGCACAGCCAUCCUCCACGGCCACAUCUAUGCCAUGUGGGGGGCACAACGGCCACACGUGCCCAGUGGUAUGAGCCCGAGAUGAACCGGUGGACACUGACUGCCCCCAUGCACAAGCAGAGGAGCAAUGCCAGCGCAACCAUGCUGCACAAGAAGGUGUACAUAUGUGGCGGGUUCAAUGGAACUGAGUACUUGCUCACAGCCAAGGUGUACAACCCUGUGACGAAGCAGUGGAUCUUCAUCUCCCCGAUGGGCAGCCGGCGGAGCGGCGUGGGCAUGAUCAUGUGCAGCAGCGAAGUCUAUGCAGUGGGAGGGUGCAAUGGGUUCAGUCAGCUGCACAGCGUGGAGGCGUACAGCCUGCAGGAUGACACCUGGCGCCCGCUCCCCACCAUGUUCACACCUUGCAGCAAUUUCAGCAUCGCCAUGGUGGAGAAACUUCUGUUUGUGAUUGGGGGUUCCAACAGUUCCAUGAUGAUUUUUGAUGUGGAGUGCUGA